AUCACAACAUUAUACCACAAUGGCUUCCCGGCCGCAGGCCUUCGCCGGACGGUGCGGUACAUUACAGGCCACAACACCGAAGGGAAGGGCAUUUUCCUCUCCACAGACUGCGGCGACCAUCAUCGCGUCAUGGGUGAAGAAGAGGCCAUCGCCAAUAUCCUGUACUCUACCCAGGAGUCCCCAGUGGACAUGGGAGGGGAUAUUGACGUUGCCAAAGCAAAGGGUGCAGAGCCUCCUCUUCACUACCACAAUGGUACCGUUGUGCGAAUGGUAGAUUUUGGCCCGGGGGUCUCCUCUCCUCUUCACCGAGCAAUUUCUCUGGACUACGGUGUUGUCAUCGAGGGCGAGUUUGAAUUGACUUUGGACUCUGGAGAGAAACGUGUUAUGCGCCAGGGCGAUUUUUGCGUGAACCGUGGGGCUAUGCAUGCUUGGCGAAAUCUGACUGGCAACGGUACUCUGCCAGGCCGCAUGUUGUGGGUUUUGCUUGACUGCAAGCCUAUCAUUAUUAACGGCCAGGAGGCAGUGGAGGAUUUGGGUGAUCUGGCUCCAUACUAUCAGGGACGUUGAAGUCCUGAGUCGACACUUAAAUAGACAAGUAUUUACGACAAUUGCCAACAUUCU